ACAAUAACAAACAACAUAAAGAUAAAUAAUUCCAAUUAGAAUUCAAAUUAGACAAUGAACUUUCAAAAACAUUAAAAUUAAGAUUUCUGGAAGUGGGAGGAAUAGAUUGACUAGUAUUCAAAUUAGACAAUGAAUUUUCAAAAACAUUAAAAUUAAAAUCCCUGGAAUUGGAAGGAAUAUGAAAAUGAAAAAGUGAUGGUGGCAAAGGAACUGUUUUAGGUUUAGGAAUUUUUCUUGUUAUAGAAAAAUCUGAUGGAGAGAAAUGGUCACACCUGAUGGAUACUUAUGUAUGCAGUACACAUACCACGUAUAUUUAUUCAGAACUUGUAGAUAAACGAUAAUGUAAGCCGUUAACGUGUUAAACUUAUUUAUAUUAUAACUCUUGAUAACAGAAUUCUAUCAGUUAUUAUUAGUGUAUUUAAUCCAUAACAGAUGUCUAAUAAUAAUAGGUAAAUAUUUAAAAGCUUUUUACUUUAUUUUAAUAUUUACAUGUUUUUGAUAACAAGUUUGUUUAAUCCACAUAAUUAAAUCUGUUCCACUCAAAGCCCACUAAUGACAUGAUCUUGUACUAAAAUUGCGUGACUUAUUAUCGUUGAUAACCUCACUAACAACAUGUUGCGCAACAUAAUUCUUUAAAUUAAAGUUAAAGGUCAACAUGGUGCUCUGUGUAAUCUGUUAAUAUGUACAGUUUUAUUUAGAAUGUGUGUAUUACUGUAAUAUGACAGUAAACAUAAAAAUAAUAUUUUUCGCAAAAGCCAGGGAAAUCGCCGGUAGGACGCACGAUAAUUUAGAAAUCGAUUGUAAUAUAUCAUACCAACUUCUUCUUAACAUAAUUGUUAAGAAAUUUGGAUUAGACAACAUAAAGGACACCAUAAUAUUAGCUCUCAAUGAAGAUUACUGCGAUACAAAUAAGACGUACACGUUGAAAACUGGCGACGAAAUCGCAGUCAUUCCUCCUUUAAGUGGCGGUUAA